AAUGCAUUUUUUUGAUUUCAUUUUUUGGGAUUUUCCAGGCUGAAUAUUUCCGUCAUUUGCUGAAGCCCGUUACGUAGAUUAGUUUUUCAUCUUUUCAUCUGAGUUAAGCUGGAGUUUUUAGUUUUUUUCCUUGUUCUUGAAAGAAACUGCAAGUGAACUGUCAUUUCUUCUGCUACCUAUAUAUUUCUUCUGGUGAUUGUUUUGGUUGGAUGGGAGAAGGCUGUGGAUCCUGGUUUCCUCGGCCGCAAUUUACUUGGCAAUCACCCUACUUGAGUUCUUUAACUGCUCCUCUUUCUCUGGGGCAUCAAACUACCAUUCCCAAAUUUAUAAAUCCCGACACUAAUAUGGUUUCUACUGCCUCAGGGGCUCUGUCGGUUUAUGCAAAUACUGAGCUGCCACAUUUGCAGGUUGGCCAAGUUAAUGAACCUCGUGGUUGGUUCUAUUGUUUACCCCGCUUUCAGCAGGCAUUUACUCCUGCUUCAAGCCCCAUCUUGAAAGAGCAACUCCUUGCUAAUGUUUCUGAUAAUCAUGGGGAGGCAACUGCUCCCAAAGCAGGGUCUGGGUGCACUCAGAAGAGAUUCCUUGUUUUUGAUCAAUCGGGCGAUCAAACAACCUUGAUUUUCAGUCCUGCUUCUGGCACUCCUGUCAAGUGCGCGAAUCCUUGGAGUUCAAAAGCUCUUGGCGCUUACAAUCCAAAUGGGGAACAUCCUAUGGCUAAAGGAGAUCUGAAUCUCCACCUGGGACCAAUAUCAGGAGCUGCAUUUGAUGGAAAUGGUGCUGAUGUGCAAAGUGAAAUGCAUGAGGACACUGAAGAACUGAAUGCAUUGCUUUACUCUGAUGAUGAUGGUAAUUAUACUGAUGAUCAUGAUGAUGAUGAUGAUACUACAAGCACUGGUCAUUCGCCAAGUACUAUGACAGCUCACAAUGAGCAAUUGGAGGGAAGUACUGAAGAGGUUGCUAGUUCUGGCGGAACAACUAAAAAGAGGAAACUGUUUGACGGGGUUAAUGAUUAUGCUCCAUUGCUUAUGGACACUGCAACUUCUGUGAAACCCAAGCUAUCCUGUGAGUAUGAGCAUGAUGCUGAAUCCAGCUGUGCCAAUGGCAAAAUCUCACAGUCCAAUGAACUCAGUUCAUUAUCUGCCAAUAAGAGAAUGCGAAAAGAAAAAAUACGUGAGACAGUGUGUCUUCUGCGUAGCAUAAUUCCAAAUGGAGAAGGCAAAGAUGCUAUCAUGGUUCUUGAUGAAGCCAUUGGUUACUUGAAAUCCUUGAGAUUCAAGGCAAAAGAUUUGGGACUUGGUACCGCAUAAGUUGCCAGUUUUCUUGCUAGUUCUGGUAGUUGUUCUUGCCGUUUAUAGUUCUUUCGCAUUAGAUGUUUUCUAAUGGAGUGUCUACAAUAAGCCAGGUAAAUAUGGUUGUGUGCAGUGUGGAGUUGCAUAGAAUAAACUCUAGCAAAUUGGUGGGUGUAAAUUGGGAAAGAUGGUUGAGAUGGAGAGAUCUUGAACCCUUUCUGCAGUCUUUGUGAAUGAUUGAGUUGGCAACCAUUUGUUGUGGCCUGUGAUCUCUUUGGUCUCUAUAGAAAGGAGAGGAGGUUAGCAUAUCAAUGUCCCAAAAAAGGGAGGUGAAUCAUUAGUCUGUGUCUUGGGGUUUAGAGAAAGUAACACUUAUACAGCUGGGCAUGAGGGUCAGCUGUGUAAACGUGAAGCCUGCUUAUUCUGGAGGGACCCCCAUAAAGAGGUUGAGUGCACGCCGCUUAGGUGUUUUGGGACCCAGUUCUCACUUUCUCCACCUCUUUUGUAUUCUUGUCAUGUUUUUAUCCUUCUAGGAUUUUCAUUUCUUUGAUGUAGGAAACGGCAUGAGCAAAGAGCCUUCUUUGUUUCAUCAUGUAGCAACUAGAUGAUGUGGCCCCGUCGAAAUCACCAUCCUACUCAUCGCCAGUUGGACCAACUCAUGCUUUCAAGCAUCAUGUUGUUACCUAUCUAUCUUAUCUUCGUUUAGUAUGAUAGGGUUUUCAUUCUGUUGUACUUUGGUUGUAAAAAGACAUGUAUGAAUCCGAUCGUAUGCUGCUGUUUACUGCACCCGCUGCUGUUGUUUUGUUGUUGACAUGAUAGUAUAUCGUGGUUUGAUGUUAAUUUAUAAUUGCUUGGUGUUGCUGUUGUCUUUAUGCCUAUGUCUUCACAUAAAACUCACAUGCACGC